ACCGGGACCGGGGCCGGGCAGCCGCCAGCCCCGCCCCGCGCCGUGCCGUGCCAGUACCGCCGGCAGCCUCCCGGGAUGGGGCCGCGCUGGGCGCUGCUGGCCGCGCUGCUCCACGCCGCGGGCGGCCGGGAAUAUUCAUUGCCUUAUACACCACAGUUUGCAAAAUGCAAAGAUCCCAGCACGGAAUUCUAUGAGGAAGAACUUAAUAAAUGUUGCAGCCAGUGCCCUCCAGGUGAAUACAAGACUGAGAGCUGCAGUCACACUGUGGACACAAAGUGCAGUCCCUGUAGCCCUAACACAUACACAGCAAUCUGGAAUCGGUCUCCGCAGUGCUUUGCCUGCUCGCCACCCUGCAGGAAAGGAUUUGUGCAGAAUCAGACAUGCACUAAAUCACAGGACAGAAUCUGUAGCUGCCCACCCAAUGAGUACUGCAUUUCGAAAAUAUUUGGGUACUGCGAAAUCUGUAAAGUGCAUAAAAAAUGUGGAAAAGGUUACAGAGUUUCCAGAAGAGGGACAGAUAGCACAGAUACAGAAUGCAAACCUUGUCCUCCUGGCACUUUUUCACGUGAGGAAUCUUACGAUACCAGCUGUAUACCACAUACAGUUUGUAAAUCAGUGGCUAUUCCUGGAAACAGCGUGAAUGACACUGUUUGCAGUGACUCAAGAAAAGCGGUUGCCACUGUUCUACCUCACACUGUUUUGAACCUGCUCCUGACACAAAGCUUGCCUUCCAACAAACCUGAAAAAAUAACUCGACCUGUCACUUCAAACUCUGUGACUGACGUGUCUUACAUCAUCGGAUCAGUAGCAGGGCCGUUGUUAUUGGUCCUGAUAAUUGCUAUCUUGGGGCAUUGUGUAGUCUCCAAAAAAAAAGCCCUUGUAUACUCUCCACCGACCACAGCAGCAGAUUCGCCUUUUUCCGCUACAGAAAAGCAGUGUGACAAAACCCCAAGAAAUACAGGAUCACAAAACUCCAGCAGUUCUGAACAGGAGGAACAGCAUCUCUUGGAAACUUCUGGGUCCAGCAGUAGCGCCCUGAAUCGUCCAACUGGAUCUGCAAGAGUCAGUGUAGUAAAUAACAAGAACAAUGAAAAGAAAAAAACAGAAGAAUUUCAGCAGCAACACUCAGCUGCAGAAGGGUGUAAGCUUCACAGUGGAGACAGACACCACUCUGCGAGUUCAGAACAUUCUGGUAACGGAGGAACGCAGGUGAAUGUGACUUGUAUUGUUAAAGUAUGUAGUCCAGACUGCAAUUCCCAGUUCCCAGAACAGACGAGUUCAACAAGCAUGGAUUAUGGAAAUGCUCCCUCUUAUUCCCCAACAGGGGAAGAAAUUCCCCUUUCCAAAGAAGAAAACCCCUUGAAAAAAGAAACUGAAAUUCAGAUCUCAGUAGAAAAUGAGGACAAUUUACUUCAAGACUGACUUCCAGAAGAAAUGAAGCUUCCCCUGGGUAUUCAAGAUGUGGGGAUGAAAACCAGUUAAAGGAAAUUACAGAUCGUAUGCUGAUCGACUGAUAAAAUUAAUCAAACAACCCAUUAUCUUCUAAAAUAAACGUUGUUAAAUGUAGCAUUGUUAGAGAGACUUGAAAUUUUAGGCCAAUAUAGACAUUAAUGCUUCUGGGGUUUUUAAUCUUUUUUUGUCAGCUUUGAGAGUCAAAGGAUGAUCUUUGCAGUUUACAAAAAUUUUCUUUUAAACUGAAUGGCCAGCUUCUCCCUUUCUUCUGUGAUACCCUACCAGAGAUCCUUACCAGAUUUGAAAAGGAACAUUUUUCUAACUUCAUGCCAUUGAUUUUUUUUUCUCCUGAGACUUCCUGUGAUGGUAAUUUGGGUUCAGGUAUGCCACCUGUCAAGAACAUGGCUGUGACCAGCACUUCCAAGAGACUGGAGUUAAAUCUUCAUUCAUUCAAUGCUAAUGAAUUAUCCAUUUGAUUUUAAUUUUCAGACUAUUGCAUUCAGUUUCCUAUCACGUAUCUUCACGGACAUACUUCCACUCAUCCUCCUGGAUAUUUCUUUUGUUAUUACAGUUUGCUUUUGCUCAUUUUUGGAUCAAACUUGUCAAAUCCACAUUAAGUAUAUCAAGGAGUGAAAUCUUUUGCAGGAGCUUUUUAAACUAGAUUACAACAAUAGCAUUUUAUUAGCUGUACAUACUUCAUUUUAUUUUAGAAAAUCUGUAUUAAGUAGUCGCCCUCUUGGAGUAGGAGGUAGAUACCUUUUGAUUGACAGCUCUAAAGUUUGUCAUCUUUGUGUCCUGGUUGAUUUAAUAUGGUUCCCUGAUUGAUUCUGACCUCUUUUUUGAGGUUAACCAUAAACCCAAAAUAUUUUUGCCUAUGUUCCAGUGAAUAUUAGAGAAGGCUUAUGUGAGUAUGUGUGCCAGAGAGCUCAUGCCCGCUGACCUCACGAAAAGGACACGCUCCUGACAUGGCACAGCAUGAUCUGUAAGGAGGGGAAUUGACUCAAACCUCAGAACCAGAAAAUCCUGUUCUCCUUCGCUCCUUGCUUGACACUGAAGAUCCAGCCACCUCUUACAGAAAAUUAUUAGAGGUUUUCCUUGAAUCAGAGUGGGAAUCUUUUGGGUUUGGAUGUCAGUUUUUAGGAUCCCAUUUCCUGUAAUUAUAUUUUAUAUACGUGACUUAACCGACAGUUGCGGUGUCUGUAUUCAACCACAGUGUGCAGUAGGGUGUCUGAAUUACAAUUGAGUGAAGUCCUACAGUAGGCAUAACUUUUUUCUUUUAUGCCAUAAAAACAUACUGUUGGACUAGAUGCUUGCUGUACAUCCCUUCCAGCCGAACUGUUCUAUUCUACAAGAGACACCAAGUGCAGUAGUUAUUUCUGAGGCCUUAGACUGAAAAAGGCAUUUUGGAAUAGCAUUUAUUCUGCAACUACAGAAGAUAUACAGAUUUUUAAAAUACAGAGUUUAAACUGCCACAGGACCUAUGAGUUUUACUAAUAUUAUUUCUGGAACAGAACCGACAAUCAGGUCUUUAAUUCUGCUGUGAAGGAACCUCUCACAACUGUAUAUUAAAACUUGCACUUGAAGGCAAUUUUCAGAAAAAAAACUUUGAAAAUGGCCACACUGAAACCAUUACAGAACUGAAGGAUUUAGGCAAGAAAACCUAAUUUGUAGAGUGCUUUGAAUCCCUUGCGCUGCAGCGGGUAUGGCCAUGCCCACCAGCUCCCUGUACGGGGACCGCGCUGGAGUAAGAGUGGAAGAUUUUUGAGUAAGUUUUAAAAACAGUAAAAGGAAGAUCUUGUUACAGCAGUUAAUUUACUGGGUUCUCAAAUUACAGAGCUGUGUGACAGAAGGAAAAUCCAAGUUUUAUGUUGAAGUAGGAAGAAUGUGCUUGUGAAAAAAAAAAAACCCACAAAAAAACCCAGCCUCUCUUUUUGUAAUUACGUGUAUCUGCAAGUUUCCCGACAUCUUUAUUAAAACCUCUAAUUUCUGGAA